AUGUCCAGCAACAAUACAGAGAUUCACAUUGACACACUCUUUGCCAUCCUCGAAUUUCUCUCCAUUGCAGAUGGUCUCUCACUCCUCUGCACCUGCAAAAAUUGGUACGAAUUGGAUCGGUUUGAAAUUGUGUGGAAAACACUGCUGUCCAAUUUUAUACAAACAAAGAUUGAUUAUUAUGGAAAAUUAAAUCAUUCCGAUGAUGGUGAUGAAAAUGAUUUGAUGAUGGUGAUGGGUCAUGAAAGAAAAAAAAAAGGCGGGAAUUUGUACAAGUCAAUAAUUAGUCAAUUGAACAAGUUUUAUGAAUCGCAGAUUGUGAAGGAAAAAUCGGUGAGUAGGGCAAGUUUUGAAAAGUAUAUGGAUGAAGAUAGGUAUGGAGAGAAGGGAGAGAAAUCGACAGUAUUUGGGAUGAGAUUUAAAAAGUUGGCCUCCUCUGCCAUGAUUAUGCACUAUAAUAUGAAGAUGGCAAAGGGAGUGGAUGAGAUUCGUCACGAUUUCACGAAGGGAGUGGUCAAUUAUGAACAUUCUGGAUAUAUGGCUCAGUAUUUCCUUAACCAAGCUAAAAAGUUCACAUUGAAUGGACGAGUGAAUAAUUCUCUUUAUGCUCAAGAGUAUUGGAAACGAUUUACUUUUUCAAUUGCUGAUGUGAUGAGUGGUGAGAUUGGGAAAACAGACGAUGAUUGUUCUCCUCAAGUAAUUUGCUUUGUUCAAAAUUUCAAACCAAUUCUAAAUGACAAGAUUUUGGAAAAGAUUUUAAUUUCCUAUUGGAAUGUGAAUGAAGAUGAAAAUGGAAAUGAAAGCUUUUUGGAUUUUUUACUGAACUAUAUUUCUGUGGAGGGAAAUUAUGAAAAAAGUGAAGAUCCAUAUAUUGAUUUCAUGCAGCUGACACGUACCAAAAGAAUGGUGAGAUUGAGAUAUUUAAAAAAGAUGUUCAAUGCUAUUUAUCCUAAUCAAUGGCUUGAUAACUUUCAAACAUGUUUUGAGUGGCAUUUCAGAUAUCAAAAAGACAAAUAUUUUAUGGAAUUCUUCAGUCCUGACUCAUGUGAAACGCCAGAAGAAGUUGUCAACAGUCUUUGUCAGUUUUUGGAAGUUUUUGAGGAAAAAUCUAUUGAUUAUUCCAGAGUCAAAUCACAUAGUCUCUUUUUAUAUGGUUAUGAAAGAGAAAUUAUUGAUUUAUUAAGUGAGCGUGGAAUGAUUACUCCAAUCGAUUUAAAGAUUAUCUUUCACAGAUUCAACUACCGUUCAAAGAUUUCACACUUGUUAUCAAAAAUUGAAAAUUUUGACCCUUAUGAAAUAAGUCCAGAAACGGGAAAUACUAACUUUAUUUUAUCAUACUUUAGAAACUAUUGCAAAAGCUCACCUAAUCAAUUUUUCAAACCAUUCUUUGAGAUGUACCCUGCAAAGUAUGAUUUGAAUAUUCUAUUUAAUAAUUACAAGGGAAUAACUUUGGAGUUUUUAUCAGAAAUCAAUUCCAAAAUGCUUACUUGCUUUGUGGAUUAUUAUGGUUUUGAUGAUGUUAGGGAAUCAUUUAAACUCAUGAUUGACAACUUUAGUCCAUCCAUAGGUGUGGAAUGUAUUGAAAAAAUUGCAGAUUUCUUCAACCCCUAUACCACUGGAUCUCUUGGAUAUGCAGGCCUAACGAAUCCACACAUGCUAGAUGGUUUCAAGUAUGCUCUUGAACAUAUUCAAUACAAUGGAAUGCCAUUCGCUCAAUAUUGCCAAACCAUUCGUCACAAAUAUUCCACCGAAGAAACAAACUUUCAUUCUUUUUUCGGAGAGGAAAAAAUGGCCUAUCUUUACAAUCAGUGUCUUGCCACUAUUGAACUAAUGCCACAAUUUUUCGUUGAAAAGAAUAAAUUUAAGUGA